AUGCGAAGGCUGGAAAAACAACAUUUUUUUCGGCAGCUGAGCAAACGACGACCAGCGAUGCGUUAUGCCUUAAUGUGUUUAUGGUGCAAGCGAAAAAAGGAAAGUGAAAAAAAACCUUUAGAUUUAUUUCUUGAAAAAGGAAAAUUGGGACAGCAAAAAAUUCCUGUUAGCUUAAAUUUAAGCCUGAAAGCUCUCAAAAGACAUUCUUUCUCAUCAUUAAAGUCAACAGUUGAGGUGGAAGGCUACGAAUUUCUCGCUAAAAUUGUAAAAGAGACCCAAAGAAAUCCUUGA